ACAUCCGCCUUGCUCGCCCUCUCCCCUGAUAACGCCUACCGCCUCUCCCUUGUCAUUCCCCCCCACUGGCGCCCCUACGCUCUCCCCUCCACGCCGCUCCCUCUCUUUCCCGUCCCCACCCCUUCCGUGGAUCGCGUUCGCACCAUCCUUUCAGACCUCAAAUUCAACCCACUCGUCGCCAAGGUUGUUUCCAACAUCUCCGCACCCCAGAUGCGCAACGACAUACGUUGGCUCACCGGCGAGGAUUCCACGUCGGGCAUCCUCUCACGCCACUCCUUCUCUUCCGGUGCCCGCGUCGCUGCGUCUUGGCUGCAGCGUAGGUUCGAAGAGACCGGGGCCACAUGCGAGCUCCGUACUUUCUUGUCUGGCUUUGCGCCUAACGUUAUCUGUCGCUAUCCCUCGACGAUCAAUACCACUGCGACCGUGCUUAUCAGCGGGCACUAUGACUCGCGCGGUUCCUUUGGCUCGACUCGCGCUCCGGGCGGCGACGAUGACGGCUCCGGUGUCACUGGUCUCUUAUCCAUUGCGCGAACCAUCCAGCGCACUGGUGUCACAUUCCGCUCUAACGUUGAACUUGUCGCGUUCGCAGGCGAGGAGCAGGGUUUGUACGGUUCACGAUAUUACGCUCAGGACCUCCGCGCGGAAGACAAGAACCUCACGCUCAUGGUCCAGGCCGACAUGACCGCCUACCGUGCCCCUGGUGAGCCUCUGCAGCUCGGCCUCCCAGACAAGAUCGGUACCGCAGAAGUGACUCAGCUCGUUGCGAACCUCUCCGCCAUCUACAGCCCGGAGCUCCACGUCGGCUUCACACCUGCGUGUUGCAGUGAUCACCAGUCUUUCCACAUGCAGGGCUUCCCCGCGACGCAGGUCUUCGAACGUGCGGGGCCGAUUGCAGAUCCUAUGUACCACAACAGCGGCGAUCUCAGCGACCGCGAGGGUUAUGAUUUCGAGCAGAUUAAGAGUAUUGCGAAGGUCCAGUUUGCAACAGUCCUUCACGUCGCUGGGUUCGACCUCCCUGGGUCUUCAUGAUGGUCGUACGACAUCGAUGUGCGGACGACACUUGACAUGAUGCAGAUGCAAUGACCUUCCCAAGGGGGUGUGAAACCUGAUAGCUCACUUGUUUUAUGUCUAUGUAACUGAUGACACCUGCUCUGC